UUUCAUAAGAUUUAAACCUCAACAAAGGUCCAAUGAUACAUCUCUGGAGUGUUUUUGUCCUGUAGGUCCACACUUGACAAUGUAAGACAACACUUAGGUUAAAAAAACUGAGGAGUAUAUAAGUUUAUGAAAUCUUAGCUAUGGGUUGUUUCACUUUUUUCAAGAACUAAACCCCUGAGUGUCUCCAGCAGUUGGGGUCUAAAAGCAUGGAUUAACUUCACUUAACUGCACCACAGUCGUGUGCAAAUCCUCCGUUUGACACCCUAAAUAUAUAUUUUCAGGAAACACAGGCUUUCUUGAGGGACUUUGCAGGGCCCCUCACACAGUGUUUGGGUUGAGUGUGAGAUUCCCCUCCCCCUGAGCGAGUGUCACUCUCAAAACAACAGAAGUGCAGAGGCACGUUCAGUUGAAGCUUUCAGGUCUCCACACAGCAGAUGUGAUGGAACUGAUGUUCGCUGAGUGGGAAGACGGAGAGAGGUUCUCAUUUGAAGAUUCGGACCGUUUUGAGGAGGACUCCCUGUGCUCAUUCAUAUCAGAGGCAGAAAGUCUCUGCCAGAACUGGAGAGGAUGGAGGAAACAGUCAGCCGGCCCAAAUUCACCCACUGUGAAGAUUAAAGAUGGACAAGUCAUCCCUCUGGUGGAGCUGUCGGCCAAGCAGGUGGCGUUCCAUAUUCCAUUUGAGGUGGUGGAAAAGGUCUAUCCUCCCGUUCCUGAGCAGCUGCAAUUGCGGAUUGCCUACUGGAGCUUCCCAGAGAACGAGGAGGACAUCAGAUUAUACUCCUGUUUGGCCAAUGGCAGCCCUGAUGAGUUCCAGCGUGGCGAACAGCUCUAUAGAGUGAGGGCUGUGAAAGACCCUCUACAGAUAGGUUUCCACCUCAGUGCCACAGUAGUGUCGCCCCAGGCCGGCCAAUCAAAAGGAGCCUACAAUGUGGCUGUAAUGUUUGACCGCUGCCGCAUCACUUCCUGCAGCUGCACCUGCGGAGCAGGAGCCAAAUGGUGUGCCCACGUUGUGGCCCUCUGCCUCUUCAGAAUUCACAAUGCUUCUGCAGUGUGUCUUCGAGCACCUGUAUCAGAGUCCCUGUCCAGAUUACAGCGGGAUCAACUCCAGAAGUUUGCACAAUACCUCAUCAGUGAACUCCCACAGCAGAUCUUGCCGACAGCUCAGCGUCUUUUGGAUGAGCUUCUGUCCUCCCAGUCUACCGCUAUUAACACCGUGUGUGGAGCCCCGGAUCCUACUGCUGGCCCUUCAGCCUCUGACCAGAGCACCUGGUAUCUAGAUGAGAUUUUGUGUUAG